AUGGAUGAAUUAGAAGAUGACAGGACAGUCCAAGUAAAUGGUACAAACAUGGACGAAACGAUAACUAUGGUUGUGGAUGACAAUGCUGGUCUCAAUGAGGAACCAUUGCACACUGAAAGUUCUCAAGUUGUAACCGUUAUUGGUAGCAUCGGUAGUGAAGCAGUCUUGGAUGAAAUGAAAACUGGUGAGCAAAGUGAGGUUAAAGGGAUGGAAGAGGGACUGACAUCAGAAGAACAACAAGGAAUUAAUAAGCUAAACGCUACGGAAACAAUGGAGCAAGCUGUCGCGAAGGUCGAGGCUGAAGAUGACCUCGACCGUAAUGAAAUCAAUGAAGCAGGAAUUGAGGAAGAAAAACCAGUACAGAUGAUGGGAGAAGAAGCAGUAGAAGAGCAAGUAGUUGAGGAUAGAACUGAAGACCAGGUACCUGACAUAACUGGUACGGAUAACGCAGACGUGAUGGCUACUUCGAUGGAUAGUAUUGAAGAACUUCCAACCAGCGAAGAGCAAGUCGUAGAAAUAUCGGCACUUGCAGAACAAGAAGUCAAACCAUCAAUCGAAUCAGAAACUAGUAGUAUGGUACUUGCUCCCUCUACGGAGGCAGAGGCACUAUCAGAGGAAGAAAGAUCAGCUAUAGAUCCUGAAUUUGAAGCACGUCAAGAAGUUAAUGAAACUGAAGCAGUGCAAGAAAAAGAAGAAGCACUCGCAGAAGAGGUAACAGCUGUUGAUGCUGAAGCAUCUAAAGAAGGCGACGAAACUAAGGAGUUGCCAACAGAACAGAAUUCAGCUGUUUCCGAAGCAAAACCUAAGAAACUAGAAAUUGAAGACGUGGGAGAAGCUCAAUUAGAAGUGGGACAAGCUGAGCAGGAACUAAAGCAUACGGAACCUCUCGGAAUUACUGAAGUUAUACAAGAGGUUAUCAUGGAGCAGAGCUUGGCUACGAAUGAAUCUGAAGCCGUUGUAGACGAAAUGUCAGGAGCAGGAGCAGAAGAGACAAAAAAAGAAGACCUCGAUAACGAACGAAAUGAGUCCGAUAAUAUAGAACUUUUGAACGAAGAGCAGCAGUCUAAAGUUUCGGAUAACGAAGCGGAAGGCAACAGUUUUGCAUCAGCUCUACCACCGGAAGAAAAAUCAGAAACGAUCCACAGCUCUCGUACAUCAAGCUUAAAAUUCGAAGAAGCAAAUGAUGGACCGAUGGUGACGCCACUAAUUGCAAAUCAGGAGUUUAAUUUCGAUGAGGAGAAACCCUUUUCUAAAAAAUCUAUCACUGAGGAUAAGGUUUUGUCAAGAAAAUCUACUAUCGAAGGAAAAAGUCCUUCACGUAAAACAUCAGCAAUGGGGGAAGAACUACCUUCAAGAAAAGUCUCGACCGUGGAAGGAAAAGUUCUAUCUCGAGAAACAUCCGUUACUGAAGAUGAGAAACCUCAGUCUAGAAAAACUUCAGAAGUUAAGGAAAAGAAGGUGUCAUCAAGAAAAUCAUCAACAGUUCAAGAAGCGAAAACACUAUCUAGAAAAACAUCAGAAACCGAAGAAAAAGUUUCAUCGCGGAAAACAUCAGCUGUCGAGGAAGAAAAAGUCGCCUCCAGGAAAUCAUCCGCAACGCAGGAAAGAGUUCCCACUCGAAAAAUAUCCUUAGAGAUGGAAGAAAAAGCCCCGUCACGGAAGACUUCAAAAAUGACGAGUGUCGAAGAGGAAAAUAGUGAAGUAAAGGAAUUAAGCCCUGAGCCAGCAGGAGCGCCACAAUCAGUUAGAGCGGAAAAGACAAAAAUAGCCAAUACUGAAGUAACUGAAUCAAAAGUUGAAUCUAAGCUUGAACCGAUCGCAGAGCCUGGACCAGGUACCAAGAAAGCUGUAAUUGAAGUAGGAGAAGCUGAAACUAUUGCCGAAGUACCAACUGAAGGAUUGAAUGAUGAGGUUCCCUUUGAAGACGCUACUGCAGAAGAUGUCAAAGAUGAUGUGAAAAGAGUAUCUGAGGCGGAAAAAGAGAAUGAAGCUGCGAAAUAUAAUGCCGUUGAUGAACGAGAAUCUCCUCCACCAACCAGACAAAUCAUUUCAUCUCCUCCACGCAUGCGUUCACCAUCACCGAGUAGAAAACGUCAGGAGCGAUCACCAUCACCUGUGACACGAGAGGCAAGUCGCGGAAGUACAUGCAGGUCAUAUGAUCAAGACACACAUCGACAAAGAGGUCCUCCUCCGCGUAUGCCAAGUUAUUUAUCAUUUUCAUCUUACACUCCAGUCGAGAAAGCAGCGUACUCACCAAUCAGUCCAUGGGUACAAAAUGCCGCGCAAAAAUAUCGGAACGAUUACACUGCCGUUUCAACUUAUAAGCUUCCAUCUAUGUAUACUUCGAUAUUUGAUGAUAUUGUCAGUUCGGGUCCAUUUUCAAGCAGUUUAUACUCAGCUAAUCGUCUUCUUGAACGUUCGCGUAGUCGUUCUCGAGAGUUAAGAAAUGCGCUCCGUUCAAAACGUUCAACCAGCAAUUAUUACCGUUAUACUUCGAAUUAUGCGACACCACCACUUCGAACUCGUGACUAUUCGACACCACCGUUGUCAUCUGUAGGGCGAUCUUCAUCACGUUCUGGCUCAUUUAUUUCCUUCAUGGAAUAUAACAGACAGAAACAAUAUGAACUUGCAAGAAGCUCAAGUCGCUUGUCAACUCUUGGUGGAUUAAGCCGAGCAAGUUCACGUUCGAAUGUCGAUAUGUUCUACGACACAGAACGUUUAUCGCGAGUGGAUAGCUAUGUACGCGAUUUGAAUCGUAACGUAGAAUACGUGUUCCCAAGUACUUACGAUAAGUAUCGUUCACCGUCACGAGCUUAUUUGCCGCAAGAAUAUACUCCUGUCAAUGGAUACAGGGCAUACAACAGUCCGUUACGCCAUUCAGUUCUUUAUACUAAUCCAUACAUCUAUAACCCGAUAUCAGUGUCUCACAACUUGUACGAGAACAGAAUUGCCGAAUUACAAAGGAGUUUAUCUCGUGAAAGACUUGCCAGGGAAAGGAUGAAAGCCAAAUACAAAACCCUGUCGGAUAAACUGGAUCAAGCUUGUAGACAGAUGGAUCUGCUUCGCACCAGUUCUUCUUCAUCGAUCCGUGGUGGCAUGGGAACCUAUUCUGUCUACACUCACAACUAUCCGUAUUUUUGA